GAAUAGUUGUGUGGUUAAGACAACACUUGGAUAUUUAUUUCUGUCGAUUGUCACAUUAAUAGGAGUAAUUUUUAUUCAUUACAAACAGGAUAUUUGCACGGUAGACCAAUGAUAUUUUGUGAGGAAACCUUUGUUUAAAAUGAUUAAAUUUUCGGUUAAUAUAUUAAUUUAAUUGUAAUGAAGUGUUCAUUAUCAAAUUUAAUCGAUCGGAACGUCGAAAUACAUCAGGAUUGACUUGGGUGGAUUAAUAUCAUGCCGUUUUGUAAAAGUAAACCGAAAAAGAAAGAAAUCAAUUCAGUUCUCUUAGUGAAAUGCCACUCAAUUAACCAAGCUGGAAAUUCCGAAUCGUCAUCAAAUAAAACAAAAGAUCUGGAUAAAAACUCGAAAGGUUUUAAUGAAAAUUCAAAGAGUAAAACAGUGCAAGAAAGGAAAAGAAGCGAACAAGAAAUAGGAGAAAAUAAGAAAACUUUUAAUCAAUUAGUAGUUAAGAGUAAACGUAACAGUAAAGUUGCUUCUCUAACAGAUUGGAACGAACUAAAUACUCGUUUUGAAACAGCACGAAAAUUAUUUGAAGAAAAAUGGGAGAAUCCAUCUGAGCCGUCGGAACAAGUAGAAAAUUUUAAAGUAUUAAAAAUAUUGGGAACGGGUUCAUUCGGUAAAGUUGUAUUGGUUCAGCAUAAAACAACAGAAGAAUAUUAUGCUAUGAAAGUCUUGGAUAAACAAAAGAUAGUGAAAUUAAAACAAGUAGACCAUACUCUUAAUGAAAAGAGAAUUUUAGAUGCCAUAAAUUUUCCAUUCUUAGUCAAUCUCAAAUUUUAUUUCAAGGACAAUAUUAAUUUAUAUAUGAUUCAAGAUUUUAUUCAAGGAGGUGAAAUGUUUUCUCAUUUGAGGAGAUUGGGAAGAUUCAGUGAAAAUUUCGCAAGUUUCUACGCUUGUCAAGUCGUAAUGUCGUUCGAAUAUCUUCAUUCCUUGGAUAUUCUAUACAGAGAUUUAAAACCCGAAAAUAUUCUUAUUGACGAAAUUGGAUAUAUACGAGAAAUUUUACAGGAAAGUUUUAAAGAAGUAUCUAGUGUACCAGAACCAUUUAAGCCACCACUCCAGAUCAUCGAGUGGCGUUUUCACUUCCAUGGACGAGGAACUAGAAGUUGGAUUUUGGGUAGCGGUGUUUAUAUUAUGUAACGGUAAUGUUUACGGCAAUAAUAUGUGAUACGUAAAUGAAUGGAUGCCACGAAAAAAUUAGAUAACGGUUCGAUUGCGAAUGUUAUCGUGAAGGGUGUUUGUAAGGAUGCGUUGCAACGAAACUGAAGAAACCGUAGACUCUUCUAUUGAUGAAAUUCCUGCUGACUGAUGCAUUAAAUGGGCAGGUGGAAUGUGUAAUUUGUGUUACAUUUACUGCUAAUUAGUUACCGAAUCUUUAUCAAUAAAU